UUUGUGCUACGUAGAACCUAACAAAUAUAUAAAAUGCCUAUGACAUUUGCGUGCUAAUUUAAGAUUGUCCCUUGUAUCAAACACUAUCACAACUGCAUGACAUUGAUAAGAUAUUAUUAGAUAAUCAUUUCAGUCAACUUCUUGUCAUACAAUUGUCUGAAGACCGACCGUUGAUGAGUACACAAAUUGUUUAAAAGGUUUGAUAAUUUAAAAUAACGUUUUCAUCUUGAUUGAUGCAUAGUGACAAUGGAACGUUUUUUGUUAUUAUUGACCAUGAUACGUUAUGGGUGUUGCUCGGGCAUAAAAGAAUGUGGACCGAACAGAUCUUGUGAAUGUUCACCAGUAGACCUGUCUAUUUCAAUGACGUGUAACAAUAGAACAGGAACAGAUUUGAGUGAAAUUUGUUCCUAUGUCAGAAACAGCAAUAUAAUAUCACUUGAAGCGACGGGUUUCGAUAUACCGAACCUUUUUAGAUCAAAUCUGACAGGUUGUGAAUUUUUAAGUGUUCUUAUUUUAACAAGGAAUGCAAUUACGCAUCUUGAUGAAGGGAUAUUUGCAUUGUUCCAUAAUCUUGACCAUCUGGACCUUAGUUUUAACGAUAUAGACAUUUUUGUAGAUGGAUACAAAUUCAUGCUUCCACCAAAGCUAAAAACACUAAAGUUGAACGGAAACACCAAACAGCAGACAGCUCGUAGAUUUUAUCCAGAUUUUGUUGGCAGUAAUGGUCUUGAAACAAUGUAUAUAGAUGGAAUUCCAGGUGCUCCAUUUCACAAAGGAUUUUUGAAUCUAACUAGUUUAAAGUUUCUUUCUGUAUCUGGAUUUAAUGGAUAUUGCUCAUUCAAUCGCUUAUCAGAAGAAUCUUUCAGAAACCUUGUUCAUCUUAUAUAUCUGAAUAUUUCGUUUUGUGACAUCAACACAAUUGCAGCCGAAACUUUCAAAGAACUUGGAAGUCUAGAAGUUUUGGACAUUUCAUAUAACAUUAAAAUGGGAUUUCCGUUGCUGAGUAACAUAUCAUAUAGUCUACAAUUUACAAAUAUCAAAUCAUUAAACUAUUCACACGCAAAUCCAACUUUUGGGUUAGGAACAGAAAUACGGAUGAACGAUAUAUGUUUUUUGCACAAUACAUCUCUUGUAGAGCUUGUUAUUGACAGUAAUCGGAUUGAAAUGAUAGAAACAAAUGCAUUAAUUCUAUUGCCAACAUCGCUGAAAACGGUUAGCUUAAACGACAAUAUUUUUUCAUUCGGACUUUAUCUGUUGCAACUUGGAUGUCUGAAAAACGUGGCUGAAUUUUAUGGCAGCUUCCAGAACAAGUUACAUAGACCAAGCAUGGAAGUGCAAUCAUCGCAUGUAAAUAACAGUUUUACUUACGUAAACGAUUGUCCUUAUAUGAAGCCAGAAUAUUUGAGGAAUGCAAGUGACUCAAUUGACAUAUGUACUUUUUUUAAUUCUUCCGAAUCUUUUCCAAUUUUUCCUAUUCCAACACUUCCAAGGCAUCUAGAAUUAUUGUUGUUCAAUGAUUGUAAUAUGAAGUUUGAAUUAGAGCAAUUGCCGAUUUUUCCAAAUGAUAAUUAUUUGAAGCAUCUGGAUUUGUCAGGAAAUACACUUUAUUCAUGGAAGGGACCUAUUGGUCCUUUUAAUCAAGUAGAAUAUUUAGAUUUGUCCAGAAAUUAUUGUUAUGACAUUAAUCCAACAUUUUUUCUGUCAUUUCCUUCAGUUGAAACAUUACUUAUAGAUAGAAAUUUCAUAGGGUAUUCUUUGAACCAUGACGAUAAGACAAGUUAUAUCAUGAAUCACCUUAGUAACCUUAAAAUUUUAAACAUGUCUCUAAAUAGAAUUACAUAUUUGCCUCCAGAUUUCCUUGCAAAUAAUGUCAAUUUAGAAGCAAUUGAUUUAAGCAUGAAUAAUAUAGAGACUUGGACAAUUGAUACCACGGGGUUACAUAAUUUGUCUUAUAUAAAUCUUAGAUAUAACUCGAUUGGAGUCCUUCCCGAAAAACUUCUAAAUCAACUUACAAGUGCAUCUGAGCGACGUAAAUCUACAUUUACUAUUGAUCUUCGUAAUAAUACUUUAAGAUAUGCGUGUAACAGGGAAGAUUUUUUUAAAUGGCUUUUAAAGCACAAAAACAAUAUGAUUGGAUUUGAGUCAUACAAUUUUGUUGAUGAAAAUGACUUACCUUUGUCAUUAAAUGAGUUUGAAUCGAAGGUUAGUCAUAUGUCCUUUAAAUGUCAUGAUAUUUACACAAUACUUAUAGUAACUGGCGUUGUUCUUUUCCUCAUCUUUGUAGCUGUAAUAAUAUAUUUUAAGAGAUGGACUUGUCGGCGACUCUGGUUCCAGUUCAAUCAAUACAUUAGUACAUAUACAUGUAAUAAGAAAAAUAAACAAUAUCAAUCUAUACAUACUUACAAAGCAUUUAUUGCUUGCGCCGAAAGUCAAAAAGAGUUUGUUGAAACAAUUGUAAACAGAUUAACGGGUAAUCAAAAUGAAUAUAAAAUGUGUAUGAAAGAAGAUUGUAAGCCAGGACCUUUCAUAACAUCUUAUGAGAGUGCAAUAGAGGACAGCGAGAAAGCCAUUGUCAUACUUACCAAUGAUUACAUUGAGGACCCCAUAAAUGUUUUCCUGUUUGAGUGUUUUGCACAUUCGGGUAUAUUUCGGCGUGAUCGCAAUUACUUAAUACUUGUCAUUAAGGGUGGUCUUGAAAAGAAGAAAAUACCCAACAGUGUUUGGAAAUGGCUUGAAAUGCACAAAUACAUCGAGUUUGUUGAGGAAAAUGACGUCGCUGGUCAUGACUUGUUUUGGAGAAAAAUGAAUGUUGCUAUUAAAAAACCACCAAGUCAGGUCCCGAACUUUGUCGUUGAAAAUAGGUAAAACAUAAAGAGUUAAAUAAAUAUUGUAGAGAUGGAAACAAAUAUUCUUUCUUAAUAUUUUGUAUGUUUAUUUUAAAAAUAUUUGAAACAAUAUAAAAAAGCAUGCGUAUGAGCAAACUUUUGUUAUGAGCAAAAUUGUGUGUGUGCGUGCGUGCGUGCGUUUUCAAGGCAUGCAAACUGAAGAUGUACAGGUAAUUGAUAUAUGAUUCAUAUGCGAACCUUUACAUUAAUUCUUUACUCAGUAUUGGUAACAAUAAAAUGAUUUGUUUAUCAAAAUGAAUAGUUGUUUUGAUUACUCAUAUUU